UUGCGUGCGGAGCCCAGGUGCCUUUCCCGCGGAGUCCUCGCACGUCGAGCUCCUGUCCCCCGAGGCCCGGAGCCCGGGACGCCGCAGACAGGGUGGCAGCAGCAGCGGGUGUGGCUGCACCUGACAAGAUGAAGAGCCGGAUCCCCGUGGUGCUGCUGGCCUGUGGCUCCUUCAACCCCAUCACCAACAUGCACCUGCGCUUGUUUGAAGUGGCCAGGGACCACCUACACCAAACAGGAAAAUACCAGGUGGUCGCGGGGAUCAUCUCUCCCGUCAAUGACAGCUACAGGAAGAAAGACCUCGCGGCCGCCCGGCACCGAGUGGCCAUGGCACGGCUGGCCCUUCAGACGUCCGACUGGAUCCGAGUGGACCCCUGGGAGAGCGAGCAGGCGCAGUGGAUGGAGACGGUGAAGGUGCUCAGGCACCACCACAGGCAGCUGCUCCCGUCUCCGGCCCCGGCGGAAGGCCUGGACUCCAUCGAGGCCCUGGCCCCGGCCCCAGCAGCCACGCCCGAGCUGAAGCUCCUGUGCGGCGCCGACGUCCUGAAGAGCUUCAGGGUGCCCAGCCUCUGGGAGGACGCGCACGUGCAGGAGAUCGUGGGCACGUUCGGCGUGGUGUGCGUGGGCCGCGCCGGGCACGACGCCGAGGCCUGCGUGGCGGACUCGCCCAUCCUGCGCAGGCACCGCCACAACAUCCACCUGGCCCGCGAGUCGGUGCUGACCGCGCUCAGCGCCACCUACGUGCGCCGGGCCCUGGCGCGGGGACGCAGCGUCAAGUACCUGCUGCCCGACGCCGUGCUCGCCUACAUCCAGGCGCACGGGCUGUACGGCGCGGGCGGCACGAGCUAGGGCGCGCGGUCUGCUCCGUGGGGCUCUUUUCCAGUUUCCCCCUGGUUGUCUUCCCGCGGGGCCUCUGCUUUCCGGGAAAUGUCGGAUCCCGCGAGAGACGCAUUCUUUGGAGGAGCAGAACCAGCCUCCGAUUCCGGAACAGACUUUGCCCACGGGUGUGAAAGACGCUAUCGUGGACCGGGGCCGUCAUCUG